UUUAAAUACCUCUCACCAUUACUCCAACAUUAAUACCAACGAUAUCCUCUAAUUCUCUCUCUAAUAAAUUCCAAAUUUUUAGUUGCUCAAAAGGGAAACAAUGAAGCAAUUAAGCACAAGUAUAACCACUAGCCCAAGUUGUUCUAAGCACAAUAUGCAUAGAGAUUCACAUACAAUAUCCAAAUUGAAGCCGAAAAUACGAAUAAUUCAUAUAAUAGCACCAGAGAUCAUCAAAACAGACGUAGAGAAUUUUCGCGAUCUUGUACAAAGGCUGACGGGGAAGAAUGCUGCACAAGUCAAAGGGAAAAGGGUGAAAAAAGAGAGGAAGAAGAUAGACAUAGAAUCAUCACCACAACAAGAUGAUCAAUACAUUAUGAUGAACAUGUUGCAAGAUACUACUACUACAAAUUAUAGGAUGAAAGAGGAAGAAAGUAGUACUAGUGAAGGUAUAUAUGGAAGUGUUGAAAAUUCAUCAAAUGGAUUUUUGAGUGGUUUUGGAUCAAUGGAGGGAUUUAUUCAAGACUUAGGUGAAUAUCCUCUAUUUCCUAAUUUCAAGUCUACUCAAAUUAAUAUGUUUGGUGAGAUGCCCCUUUGCUAGAGAUCAAAAAAUAUUUUGUUCUGUAUAAUUUUAACUGUUCAAUAUAGUGUGUGUGGGGGUGGGGGGAUUGGGUGACCAUGAUAACUUCUUGUUUAUACCUUUUUUUUUUUUUUUUCUAUUUUUUUGGUUGGGUUUGGAGUGGUGAGGAAGAGGGCAGAUGUUGAUUGACUUCGUUUUUGUUCAUUUGUAGAGAAGAUUCAUACUUGUGAAUAUAAUGUUUUAUUCAA